AUGCAGCCAUUACCCUGUCCUACCCAUUCCCCCCUGCCCCAGGCCCCCAAGUUCUCUUCUUGUUGUGUUUCCCACACUGUAAAGGUCAACUACUUUGCACCAUUUCUCAAUAUCAUGAUGUUCCUCUUGAUGUGCUGGUUUUAUAGCAGCUCUAAUAUGAAGUCAUUGGUGAAACUGGAUCACCUCAUCAAUGAAGUGAUCCUGGUGAAGGAGUUUGAGUGCCUAGAUAACUACCAUGGUAACCCAGACGACAUUCGCUCAUCAUUCUCUACAAGCGACGAUUGGCAGGAGACGAGUGUGAAGAUCCAUGUCCCAGCAGAUGGAGUCAUGCAUGAGUCACUGGAGGACACACCAGAAUUUUCUGUUCCUGGUUUAUUUUACCGUCGUCCCCUGGAAGUGAUUAAAAAUGCCUUCCGUGAAGCAUCAGCCGAGCAUUUUCAUUUCACACCUUUUGAACAACACUAUCUCCCCAGUAAAAUGUCUGCAUUUGCUGCGCAUCAUAUUGCAUAUAUACCCAAGCUUUCCGACACAAUACAAGACUUUUAUUGUGAUACUUUCAGUAAAGCUGCUACAUCACAGGUUCUUACACACUGUCAUCACGAGCUCAUGCAGGCCAUCUGGCUACUCCUCAUGGACGAUGACUUCAUGCAUGCCUAUGAAUUUGGCAUCAUACUCGAGUGCCUUGAUGGGAUUCGACGGCACAUAUUUCCUCACUUCUUUACCUAUUCUGCUGACUAUCCCGAGAAAAUGCUACUGGCUUGUAUAAAGUUCCUUGCUCAGUGUCCAUGCCCUCGCUGCUUAACCUUGAAGAGCAAGAUCAGGGACUUAGGGAAGAAGGUUGAUCGACGCAGUCAUUGGCUCUGGUUGACAAUAACCAUAAUUCGAGACUUGCUAUACAGGAAGGGAGUAAAUAUAACUAGCAAGCGUGUGAAGGAUAACCUUGGUCCCAGGUCACUCAUUCCAACACUUACUCGAUUGAAAUGCUUUGGGGUCAACUUCUAUGAACUUUGUGUCCCUGACCUCCUGCAUGAGUUUGAACUGGGUGUGUGGAAGGCAGUGUUUACUCACCUUCUUUGCAUUUUAUAUGCACAUGGUGAAGAGGCCAUUCAAAACCUGAAUCGGAGCAACAAUGCUUCUGGAAUGAAGUGCCUUGCAGGGAGAGACUUUGAAGACUUAUUGCAGGUACGUCUCUUAUUCAGUAUUUUCCAACAACUAUCUAUCUGCGGAUGCACACCAACACGACUCAGUCAGUUUCUCAGGAGCUUCUUGAAGGCAACAGCAAAGGAGUAUGUUAUGAAGGAUCUUCCAAGCAAAGAAGCUGCGCGAGGUCAUUGUAAAGCCAACAAGGCUGCAAAAGGUACUGGAAGCUCGACUGACCAGGGACCUCGAAGGUCUGGUCAGCAGAUGAGCGGGCCAAAAGUACGACAUUUUAAUUUUCAAACUUAUAAGCUCCAUGCCCUCAUCAAACGGUUCUAUCCUUGUGUGAGCAAGGCGAAAUUCACUGCUGGCAUAGCUAAGCAGCAAUGUCACAAGCGUCUUCUGUGUAAGAUGGCAGAAGGAUCUCCCUAUGAAAUGAAGGGAAAGGGCAAGCAAGAUGCAGGCAAGGAGAAGAGCAAAGUACUUUGGUUGUCCUCUCCUGAUGCACCUGCGCUGCACUUCGAGGACUCGGAACCGCUGCAUUACAGUGAUCCAGAACACCACUAUCACAUCUCCACCAGCACUCGGUAUCACGUCAAUAUAUACAAGUGGCUGGCGCAACAUGAGAGUGAUCCCGCGUUGAAUAAGUCUACUAACAAUUCACACAAAAACUUUUUACCUCAACUAAAAGACCAUCUACUCUCCCGCCUGUGUGGGCUAGAAUAUGAUGGAGACGAGAGAGAAUUCACAUCUGCUGAGCACAGCACCAUAACACUUGUCCGUGAAAAGAUAUUUCGCCACAAGGUUCUCUGGGUCAAUUAUACAACUUACGACUUGCACUGUAAUCAAGAUUCCCUUAAUCCUCGGACCAAUGCUGAUAUCAUGCUCCUUGCACACGAGGAUGGUGGUGAUGGCCACCCUUACUGGUAUGCUCGAAUUCUUGGCAUAUUCCACGCACUUGUUAUUCACACUGGCGAGCAUUCAAAAUCCCAUGAACCCCAGCAAAUGGACUUCCUUUGGGUCCGAUGGUUCAGCCGAGAUCCUGUGAAGAGGCUUGAAUGGGUAGGUUUCAUUCCGAGUGAUGACCCUGGAGCCUUUGGUUUCCUGGACCCACAGCAAGUCAUCCGCGGAAUUCAUCUCGUCCCCGCAUUUCACUAUGGUCAUACUGACACCCUUCUUCCACCCUCAAUUGCACAUAUGAUGAUGCGCUUUCGUGGAGGCGGAGUCGGACACAAAUCCACCCGGCAAGCCACCGACUGGUUCUUGUCUGACCGUGACAAGUUGGACGAGGGAGGGGAGACCAAUGCUGAAGAAGAGUUCAAUGAUGAGAUGGAUGAUAUGGAGAUUGAAGAUGCAGAGUUUGAUUCAGAUGAGAGAGAGUUGCGUGGCAACGCUGAGAUGGAGGAUACCGAGACUGAAGGUGCGGAGCAGCCAGGGCUUGAUUCAGAUGAGGAGGCAGAUGAGGAUGAGAUAGAAGAAUAUGGGUAUGAUGGCAUCAAGGAGCUUGAAGAAAGUGACAAGAACAAAGAUGAAGAUGGGGGGGGGGGGGGGAUGAUGGAGGUGCCACCAGUGAGGUAG